AUGACAUUAGAGGAAGCAGAGUUAUCUGAUUGGUACCAAUCAAAAUUAGUUAAGCGGAUUCCUGAGAUCUAUAAUCAAGUCAGGGUAUCAAUUACAGCUUUAAGGAGAGGGGCCGCUCGAAUAUUAAGGAACGAAGGGGAUACGCUGAUAUAUGCGAUUUACAAAGCUACAAAUAGGUAUAUCCAUACUUAUGAAGACAUUCAAACAUCCAUUUUGAAAAAUAAUAGUCGUAGAGCACGAACGAAUGAUAUUAAACCCAAUCG